AUAUAAUGCACAAGGAUUUAUUUCUGCUCUAAGGUCUCUUUAAUUAGUAGUCUUUGGCAGGCAAAGUGGAUUACAUUUUCUGAGCCUUUCACAGAGACACACAGAGCGAUGAUUGGCUAACACACACACUAAGUCCUGCUGCUUGCAAACUGUGUUUUUCUGUCUGCAUACUGGCCAUGCCUGGAUGUUUGGUGGAUGAAGUACAUUCUUAUUAUGGUUUUUACAUGACUUUUUUUACAUCUGUAUUUUGAAAAACAAACAUGGGAAACAGUUCUGGGUCGACUGUACAGGACCUGCAGGCUUGUGAGAGUCAUCAGUGGUACAGAAAAUUCAUGACUGAGUGCCCAUCUGGACUUCUUACCUUUUAUGAAUUUAAACGAUUCUUUGGCCUGAGGAAUCUGUCUGAAACGUCAGACGCCUACGUUAGGACUAUGUUUACAACGUUUGACAUGAAUGAUGAUGGCUACAUUGACUUCAUGGAAUAUGUUGCCGCUCUGAGCCUGGUGUUAAAAGCAGGAGUGCAGCAGAAGCUCCGUUGGUACUUUAAACUCUAUGACAUAGACAGGAGUGGCUGCAUAGAUCGUGAGGAGCUGCUUCUGAUAAUUAAGUCCAUCCGUGCAAUCAAUGGAAUCCCCUCGGAGAUGUCAGCUGAGGACUUUGCCAACAUGGUGUUUGACAAGAUUGACAUCAACGGAGAUGGUGAACUGUCCUAUGAAGAGUUCAUGGAGGGCGUUCAGAAAGAUGAAAUGCUGCUGAAGACAUUAACAGAGAGUCUGGACCUCACACACAUUGUCAACAAAAUUCAAGGAGAGGUUAAGGCCAAUGUCUAAUGUUUCAUGAAACAUUUUUGUAUUAUUGUGCUGAAGCUGAGGGUGAAGACGUGGGUUCAGGACAACCCACACUCAUCAUCAUUAAGAUAAAUGCAUGUGGACCAGUCUCAGGUUCACUGUCAAAGUACAGCACAGGUAUACUAGUUUGGCUUGUCCUCACAUUUUCAGGGACCAGCUAAGACUUUGCAUUUAUAUCAAAGCUGUAUUCAAUGAAAGGUCGCAGACUUUUCCAAUUCAAGGCAGGCACGCUGCCUCACAGCUUCUAAUGCAACCGCAAACCGUGUACGUACGUGACAGUAAUUCACAGGGAAAACCAAAUGUCUUCUUGUCAUUGGUCAGCUUCAGGCUCCGAAAUCAACCAAAACAAAUUCAACAGGUCUGCAUUAUACAGACAAGAUAAGAACUUAUAUUGUCCAAGUGUCUCAAUGUUCAGGUGUAUCCUCUGUUGGACUCCAGCUGAAUGAAACACUGCAUGAUUUUAUCCAAUGUACAUUAUGUGCCAUAAUUGUUUUAGUUAUUUUAAUCAUUGCAUGGUGUUUGACAUUGUAUAUACACACUGAAGUUUACGGGUUUAGGUAAAAACCUACCUGUAGAAUCCAAAGACGUCUUAACUUCCUUCAUUGUAGUGUUUUAUGUAGUGAACAGUUAGGACCCCUGAGAUUUUCCUUCUUCUGAGCCACUACAGAUGUAAGUAUUUUUGUAAAAUCUUUACAGCAAAGGUCUUUUGUUCACUGAAUGAACUGGAUGCAAAGAUGUACCUGCACUGAGGUAGAUUAAAAU